UGGUAGCGGACAGGGGGCGGAGGCUCCGUCUCUUCUGACCGACUCUGCUGCGCUGUCUCCGGCUUCUCGACUCUUCACUGACCCGGUGAAAGUUCCUCCUCCGCUGCAGACAUGGCUCCCAGCGCGCAGCUGAAGGAGGCGAUGGCCGACAUGCACGAGGGGAUCCGGGCCAUCCUGCUCGGGCCGCCCGGGGCUGGCAAGGGGACUCAGGCCCCUCGGCUGGUGAAGCAGUACUGUGUUUGCCACUUGGCCACCGGAGACAUGCUGAGGGCCAUGGUGGCUUCAGGCUCCGAGCUGGGGAAGAGGCUGAAGGAGACCAUGGAUGCUGGAAAACUGGUCAGUGAUGCGAUGGUGGUGGAGCUCAUCGAGAAGAAUCUGGACACGCCCGCCUGCAAGAACGGAUUCCUAUUGGACGGAUUCCCCCGGACAGUGAAACAAGCAGAGAUGCUCGACGACUUGUUGGACAAGAGACACGAGAGCCUGGACUCUGUGAUCGAGUUUUCUGUGGACGACUCCCUGCUGGUCCGGAGGAUCUGUGGCAGACUAAUUCAUCAGCCAAGUGGCCGCUCCUACCACGAGGAGUUCAACCCUCCCAAGGAGUCCAUGAAGGAUGACGUGACCGGCGAGCCACUCAUCCGCCGCAGCGACGACAACGAGUCAACGUUGCACUCCCGUCUGGACUCCUACCACCGGCAGACGGUCCCUCUGGUGGAGUACUACAAAGCCCGGGGCCUUCACGCGGCCAUCGACGCAGCUCAGAACCCAAACGUCGUCUUCGCUUCCAUCAUGGCUGCGUUCUCCGCCGCCACGGAAAUCCCCGCCCGUGCCUCUGCCACUGGUUGAAUCCUGAGCUGCUGCGUUUCCACCGAGACGAGGAGUUGGAUCUGGGAGCAGAAGUUGCUCGUGUGGGUGAACAGAUGGAGGGAGGGGGGGGUCAGACAUUCCUAAACAUCUUGGGUUAAGGUUAACUUUCCCGUUGGGCUCUUAGUUUUCAGCACUUAUCGAUUCCUUCAUUCUGGGAAGAUGUGAGUGAAGCAUCUUCCUGUCAAGGAUUCCCCCUCUACUUAAUAAAUCUGCUUUUCUACAUCACA